AUGAACGGUCAGAACCAGCCCAGCCUCAUUCCGCCGGGGGCGAUGGAGGCUCUGAACGCCGCAGCCAGCAGCAGUGCGCCGCCGGCGAACAGGAAGAAGUCACGGCGGGGCGCCGACCCCGCGAACCAGAAGCGGAGAUGCGUCAGCACAGCGUGCAUCGCCUGCCGGAAGAGAAAGUCCAAGUGUGACGGCGCCCUGCCCAGCUGCGCUGCUUGCGCGAGCGUGUAUGGCACAGAAUGCAUCUACGAUCCAAACUCGGAUCACCGGCGCAAGGGUGUCUAUCGGGAGAAGAUAGAUAGCAUGAAGGCCCGGAGCUCGACCCUGCAGAUUCUCAUCGAGGCCAUAUUGAAUGCGUCCGAGGAAGACGUCCCUGAUAUCGUCAAGAGGAUUCGCACUUGCGACAGUCUGGAUAUCGUCGCUGAGUCGAUCCUCAAGGAGGACUUCGCUACCGAGGAGAAUGAGCUCGACAAUCAAGAGGAAGAGGAGUACACGACAGACCAGCCUUUUGAAGGCGAGAGAGAGCUCGCGCGCAAGAUGGGCGAGUUGCGGCUAGAGAAUGGCUCCAUACGCUUCAUUGGCGGGACGUCGCAUUUGAUCUAUCUUGGUGACCCAACUGGCGCCCCUGCUGAACCAGAAUCAGAUAGUCUGGCCUUGAACGAAGACCCCAUUACGAGUUGGACCACUGUCACCAAAGACAAGCCUUUGAUCAUUCACUUGAUGAAUAUGUAUUUCGACUGGCACUACACCUAUUUCACGACGCUCUCCAAAAAGCUCUUUUACCGCGAUUUCUUUAAAGGAAAGCCAAGGAGCCAACCGAGAACGCCUGUGUACUGUUCAUCGUUGCUAGUCAACGCGAUGCUUGCAUUGGGUUGCCAUUUCACCAGCGUCUCUGGGGCUUUCGCGGUCCCAGGAGACAGUCGUACCAAGGGGGACCAUUUCUUCGCAGAGGCAAAAAGGCUCAUCGUCGACAAUGAUGAAUAUGAGAAGCCCCGAUUAGUCACUGUUCAAGCCCUUGCUCUAAUGUCUGUUCGUGAAGCCGGAUGCGCUCGGGAGGCGAAGGGCUGGGUGUACAGUGGCAUGAGUUUCCGGAUGGCGCAAGAUAUUGGUCUCAACCUCAACACCGAUGUCAUCACAGCGGACAAGGAGCAGAUGGAUGACGGGGAAAUCGAUGCGAGGAGAGUUACCUGGUGGGGUUGUUUCUUGUUUGACAAGUGCUGGUCGAAUUACCUCGGCCGGUUACCGCAGCUGCCCAAGAACUCAUACAACGUUCCUAAAUACGAUGUAUUUCCGGAUGAGGAUGCUGAGCUCUGGUCGCCGUAUACUGAUGGUGGAUUCGAUCAAUCAUCGAAGCAGCCUGCACGAACCCGAGCGGUAGGCUUACAACUAUCCAAACUCUGCGAGAUUAGCAGCGAUCUCUUGCUAUUCUUUUACCACCCAAAUCACAUUGGAAGGUCAAGCGGCAAGUCUGUUGAGCUCAAGAAGCUGAGCGAGUUACACAGACGGCUAGAAGACUGGCGCAAGGAGUUACCGAAGGAACUUGAACCUAAGGAGGGACAAUUACCGAAUGUGAUCCUCGUGCAGUACGUGUUUACCCACUGGCAGCCCAGACAGCUUCGCUAA